CUGCAUUCCCAACAAAACCGAGCUUUCGUUCAUUUCUACCAACGGGCACUCCAACCGUCGCCGGGAAGCUUCCAUCCGUUGCCGGAGAAAUGAUCGAACAGACGGAAAAUGAAGAUUCCGACAGGCUCUCCCUCCCGAUCCUGCCGUAAUCUACCCGGAGAAUCCCUUGCUUUAGCCGAUUCUGUAAAUCCCAAGGAAAAGCGACUUGCUUUAGCAGAGCUUUGAAGUUAUUCCAUGCUUGCGACGAAGAAUCCGUACUAGAAAGAUAUAAGAACCGCUGGAGCAAGGUACCUGAGACUCGAAUUCCGGCGCCUUUCACAAAUUUCCGACGGGUUUUUGUGGUUUUCCGGCGGAAAUCGGCGGACUUUUGUAUGAUCGGACCGUUCUGGUUCCUGUUAGGUUUCUUGCGAUGAAAAAUGAUGAUCGGAGAUAUUAAUCGUUGAUUUCAGUCUUUGGACAUUUAUAGUUAGGAUUUUGUAUGGGUAUUUUCGUGCACGUUAGCAUAGGCGCUGCAAAUGAGGAGAACAAGGAAAGGCUUGAAUUUUUCUGUGAUUUCGUGCCUUUCCCCUUCUGAUCUUAUGAAAAUGGAGAAUCGGAGAUAGAAGAGGGGUUUUUUUAAUCUUUUCAUCGAGUAAUUCAUGCCUUUUCCGAUGAAGAUUCAGCCGAUUGAUUCAGCUGUCUUGGAACAAUCGAUGCGGGCCGAUCCGGCCAAACCUGCUGCGAAAUCACGGUUCAAACGGCUCUUUGAGCGGCAAUUCCCGAGCGUUUUGAGGAUUUCUACAGCAGAAAGGUUUGCGGCGGAGCAGCAUUGCAGCAAGGAUGCAGGCGAUCUGGAGCCGAGCUCUGUUGCUCUGGCGAAAAUGGUGCAGAACUUCUUAGAAGAGAGCAGCGAGAAGCAAGUAGAGGUGAGGUGUGGGAGAAGCCGACGCAAUUGUUUCAACGGGAACUGCAGCGACGGCUCUGAAGACGAAUUCGAAUUCUCUAGUGGCAGCAGCAGCGAGGCUCUGAUUGCUGCACUGUCCGGCGAGGCAUGCGAAAUUCUCAAGAGCUUGGUUCCUUGCACGAGCGUUUCAGAGCGGAAUCUUCUAGCUGAUGCUGCGAAGAUCAUCGAGAAGAACAAGAUCUGCAAGCGGAAAGACGAUUGCAGAAGGAUCGUCACCAACGGUCUUUUAGCUCUCGGAUAUGACGCUUCCAUCUGUAAAUCUCGCUGGGAGAAAUCUCCUUCGUUUCCAGCAGGGGAAUACGAAUACGUAGACGCGAUCGUAGAAGGGGAGCGGUUGCUGAUCGACGUGGAUUUCAGAUCGGAGUUCGAAAUCGCACGGUCGACGGGGAACUACAAAGCGGUUCUCCAAUCACUGCCGUCCAUCUUCGUGGGGAAACCCGAUCGCCUCCAGCAGAUCGUGGCCGUUGUUUCGGAAGCCGCUAAGCAGAGUCUGAAGAAGAAGGGCUUGCAUUUUCCGCCGUGGAGGAAACCAGAAUACAUGAGGGCGAAAUGGCUCUCUCCCUACCAACGCCAGAAACCGAUCGAAGAAAGCACGCCGUGUCAGAUCACUACUCGGAAUUUCUCCGGCGAGUUCGAGCUAAUCUUCGAGGAGAAGAACGCGUCGGUGGGUAAGGAUUCCAGCGAUGGUGUGUCAUAUCCGGCCAGCGAGGAAGGAGAGAAGAUAACGGUUGUGGUUUCACCCUGGAAGCCGCCGGCGGUUAAACCGAAGGUCGUACAGGAAGGAGCGAAGAUGGUCACCGGCUUAGCUUCUGUUCUAAGAGAAAAACCCUAAAUUUUUUUUUUUUUUUUUGUUUAGAAAAAUUAAAAUUACAUAUAGAGAAAUGCUCUAGUGCUCCUGGUUGCAUCGUUUCACUUGGACAGUCCAUUCAAUCGAUCAAAACCGUUCAUCAAGUCAAGAUCGGAUGAUCCGAUCCGGAGUAUUUUCUGCGGCAAUCCAUUUUUGUAGUUAUGGAUUAGAAGGUUACAAUCCAUUUUUUAGAAUCAUAAGCGAUGGAUAUAGGCCCUAACAAAUAGAUGGACCGGAUUGUUAAUUGGACUUAUUUUUGCGUAAGUUAUCUUGACCGUCCAUAUUAAAGACUGUUGAUGAAAUGAUUGAUGUUUGUCAGAUGAGCAUCAUGGGAAAGCCAUGAAAUGUGAUAAUGAACGGUCUAGAUUAAUGGAUUGGACUGUCCAAGUGUCCCAAUGCAACUAGGAGCCUGAUGGCUUACAGUGCUACGAGAGCGCUCGAGCAUCUAUGUUACAUAUAUGACUUUCUUUUUUCUUUUCUUU